AUGCCUGAUAUUUCAAUUCCGAAAAUUCAAACAGCCGCAAUAGUCCGGAAACAGGGCGGACCAGUCGAGUUUGAUGACAACUAUCCCGUCACGCUGCCCGGAGCAGACGAGGUUCUUGUAAAGGUCUUGUACACAGGAGUCUGUCAAAGUGACCUGCACACGAAAGCGGGGACCGCAACCGGGCCGGACGGUCUUCCCAUUACAAACAUCAAACUGCCCCAUGUUGGCGGCCACGAAGGUGUAGGGCGAAUUGUCGCAUUUGGCCCCAAUCUGUCACCCGGCGAAGAGUUGCAGUUAGGAACUUUGGUUGGCAUCCGUUUUGCCUCACGCGUAUGCCACCAGUGCGAGUAUUGUAUCACUGGCCGAGAUCAACAUUGCGAGAAGUCGACAAACCAUCUCCACCACGAAGAUGGCAGUUUUCAGCAGUAUUGCGUGCUUGAUACCAAGUACUUGACAUUAUUGCCGCAGGACAUUGACCCCGUGGUGGUCGGGCCUGCUCUAUGCGCCGGUGUAACGGCGUAUAAAGCUGUCGUCAAUGCGCACUUGAAGGAAGGGGAAUGGCUUACAGUCAUUGGAGCCGGAGGGGGCUUGGGCCACUUUGCAGUACAAUAUGGCCUUGCUCUCGGAGCUAGAGUGCUUGGUGUCGAUGCUGGCCUAGAGAAACAGAAGUUUGUGGAGUCUCUGGGUGCGACUUUUGUGGAUUUUACCAAAUGUAAGGACUUGGCAGAGGAAGUCAGAAAACUCACCAGCGGGGGCACCCAUGCAGCAGUUGUCACGAGUGGCCACCCUCGAGCCUUUCAGAAACUGGCCGAUAUGAUCAGGGUCGGUGGGUCUUUAUGUAUGGUUGGCAUCCCGCCAGGGGAUGUGCGGCUAGACACGCCUGUUGCCACGAUUGUCAUUAAGGGAUUAAGAAUCCAAGGCAAUUUGGUUGGAUCGCUGAAAGAAACGCUGGAAGCCGUAGGACUAGUCCAGAAUGGAAAGGUAAAGCCGCAUGUCCAGAUUCGAGCUUUCCGGGAACUGCCUGAAGUGUACGAAAUGCUGGAGAAGGGCGACAUCCCUGGUCGAAUCGUAUUGCAGCUAUAG